CCCACAUUUGCACAUCUGCGCUCUGUCGUCGACACCAUGAAGCAUGUCGUGGUCUUGGGCGGUGGCAUCUCUGGGUUGUCCUUGGUGCACCAGCUACGUAAGCACCUACCUGCGGCUGUACGCAUCGAGCUCAUAGAAUCGAGCAGUCGCGUCGGAGGAUGGAUCAAGACGAAGCACACCCCUCCGUUUCUGUUUGAAGCGGGGCCGCGCGGGUUCCGUCCAAGCCGCAAUGGUGCUGAAAUGCUGCGUUUGGUCGAAGAACUAGGGCUGCAAGACCAAUGCAUCCCGUCCUCGGGCAACAGUCGGUAUAUCUUCACCCACGGGAAAAUCCAGAAAGCGCCUUCGACUAUCCUCGAGUUCCUGCAGUGGCCGUUGGCAUGGGACGUACUUCAAGCCGUUUUGCGUGAACUCGUAGUGCCCAAGACUACGGUGUGUUCCCAUACUCAGCAUACAUGACCAUCGCAUGUUUCCAUCUCACGUGCAAGCAGGCGUCGGACGAAUCCAUCUAUGACUUUAUUUCAAGACGCUUUUCCCCCGUGGUGGCCAACAGGUUGCUGGAUCCGAUGGUAUCGGGCAUCUUUGGCGGCAACAUCCGACAUCUGUCGAUGCGGUCGUGCUUUGGACUGCUGUGGGACAUGGAACAAUCUCACGGCUCGAUCGUCCGCGCGAUGCUCUUCGGCAGCCCCCCCAAGUCCACCACACUUCUCGACGGCACCGCACACUCUUCCUUUGUAAAAACCGGCAGUAAAGCCAUGAGUAUGAGUUUCACCCACGGCAUGCAAACCUUCACCGACGCCCUCGCGGCUCACAUCGAGGCCACGCCACACACGGACAUUCGCUUCAACACGACCGUGGAAUCCCUUUCUCCGUCCUCGGCAGGGACUACCCAGCAUGGCAGCGGGGUUGUUGUCCGCGUUCGCGACGCAGGAGCGUCCGCCGCCGAGACGAUCGUGGCCGACCACGUAUUUUCCGCCCUUCCCGCGCCUCGGUUGGCGCCAUUGGUGCAGUCCGUCGCCCCGUCGGCGGCCGCGGCGCUGUCCCGGCUCCCGUUCACGUCGUUGGGGGUCGUCACCCUCGGUUUCCAUCGGAACUUGAUUCAACACCCCGGCUUUGGCUACCUCGUGCCCACGUGCGAAAACCAGGGCAUCCUGGGGGUCAUCUACGACUCGUGUUCGUUUCCCCAGCAAAACUUUGACCAGACCAAUAACAUCACCCGACUGAGUGUGUUCGUCGGGGGGGAAAACCAUCCCGCGGUGGCGGCGAUGCCGAGGGCGAAGCGGGAGGCGCUGGCCCUCGAGACCGUCCAGCGCCAUUUGGGCGUGACGGACGCCCCCGUCCACGUCGAAAGCACAUGGUACGAACACGCAAUCCCCCAGUACCCCGUGGGGUAUCACGCCGACGUGGCGUCGUUGGAGGCAGACCUCGCCGAAGCGUUUCACGCGUCGCUUACUGUGGUCGGCAACAGCUUUUACGGCGUGGGGCUGUCGGAUUGUGUGCACAAGAGCACGUCAGUUGCCCUCGACUUUGCCGCGUUGCAUCGCACAAAUGCGGGGGGGUCGCUAUGAUGUAGCGCUAGGCCUCGUGCACACGUAGCUGAACGUGACACCAUGUGUACAUGUGACCAAUAGAAACAGUUUUUACGUG